UCAAAUACUUAGUGAAAAUGAUUAUAUUUAAAGUAAAUACCUUAAUGGAACCCCAAAUACUUAAAAUGGCAGCUGCAAUGUGCAAAUAACAUCCAAUUUGGAAAACCAGGGAACAACUGUCAGGAGCUGAAAACUCAAAGAUUUUAGAUUCGAGUUAUAGAAAAACUGAUGCACUUACAAUUCUCCAUCCAGUUGAUGAAAAUUCGGACAUACUUUCGGUCCUUAUACUCGGCAUCUUGUUCGAAUAAAUCGAUCAGAGGUUCAAACAAUUUAACACCCAUCAUGAACAGGCAAAUGCUCAAGGCCAAAGCCCGAAACUGAAGAAGAAGCUGAUGUAGUGAGGCUUUAAAAGAAUUAAUUACAAUGACUUACAAUAGUUAGAACUGCGACAAUGAUGACACCCAGUCGCACCGAGCAAUAACACAUAUAAGAUUCCAUAAAUAACAUAUUGGAAUUGAUAUUUUUCUAAAUGUCAGAACAUAAAUCAAGGCGCAACUACCUAGGUCCACUACAGCGCUUUAGCAACUGUGGUAACGGAUAUUGGUUAUGAAUAACAAAAGCCAGGUAAUUAACUCCCAGAAAAUGAAAAAACCAUGUAAGAGAUUCCAAUCUAAAUGCGCUAAUGGAGCCGAAAGCCCAAAAACCUCAAAUGCAAACUCGAAUGGCGGCCAUUUAUCAUUUGACUGGCAAGCCGGCAUGAAGUUGGACAAAAUGCCUCGGAAAACCAAAAUGCACACCCAGUCAGGAGUACAAUAUCAUGGUGCUCAUGGAGAGUUACUUCUUCUGCGCCUCGGUCCGCUUGGGUGUCCUGGUCAUUUGUGCGGUAGCUGCUUUGAAAAGCAUCGCCAUUAUGUGGAUCAUCUUCACGGAUGGAACAAGGUUCCUCUUUGCAGUGAUUCAAAUCUUUGAAAAUUAUUACAAAGCAAAUUCAAUAGCUCAAAACUAUAUAAACUGGGUGGAGCAAUAUCCCAAAGAGUUGAUGAUGUUUUUUCAGUUGUACAGUUUCUGUCACGUAAUGUCUUGUGUAAUUGCAGCCUAUGGAGCCUAUAAGCUCAAAAGGUACCAUGUCAUACCACUGGCAAUAUUUGAAUUCACGUACACGGUCCAGGUAGUUGUUAUUAAUAUUUUUUCGCUCCGAAUCGUCAGGCGCAUUGUUCCACUGGUAACCUUGAUUCUUCUUACAAUAUGUUCAACCUUCUAUGCAUUGCUCGUUGCCUAUGAUACUUUGGCGUUAGUGGCCUUUAUACAAAUCAUGCAACUAGUGAGGAGUGAGCGAUAUGUACGGCUGUACGGAAAUGAUCCCCUCAACCCCAUUUUGGAUAGAAUCACACAUCUUGAAUUCAGGGAAGGAUCUCCUAAUCCAAUUAAUCCGAAACCAAUUAUAAUCUACGUAAUGCCGAAAGCUGGCCAAAAACUUUGGGAUAAGCAACCAAAAAAAUGGUGGCAGGCCGAGAGGAAUGGGCCACAAGUUCGUAAAAAGUCAUUGGUUCAGGAAAUAUCGGCUGAUUAUUUUCAGCGAGAGGAGCUUGUAUCUAAAGUUUUGUUACGAAAUGCCCUUAAUGGAGAUUAUUGGAAUCCGAAAAAGGUUACAUCCCAGAAAAUUUAAACAACAUACUUGCGCAUUUGCCAAUAAAGAUAUCUUUUAACAUUUAA